AUGGCUGAAAAACGUCCAAACAUUCAUCCAUUUUUCACAGUAAAAAAGAAAAAACCAACAAAGUCAACAGAAGAUGCUGAAUCAAGUCCUGAUUUAUCAACUUCGAUCAAUGAUGUUAACAACGUAAAUACUGAAGAAAUUUCAGAUGAAGGUUCAUCCAUUGUGGUUGUUGAUGAUCAGCGAGAAGAGGAUGUAUCUUCUUCGUUUACCGAUGAUCAAUCAGGAAAACAAUUGUCAAAGUGUGAAUUAGUCUGUUGUGCGUCAUUAACAAUGUACGUGCCUGCAAGUGCGUCAGAAUUACAAUCAACGUUAACACAAGACAAACGAUCUUGUCAAGUAUUAUGGUUCAAUAUUUAUUCUUGGCUUACUUUUUGCAAAACAACAAAAAAACUGUACUGUUUCUCCUGUCGUGCUGCUGUUAAUCAGAAACUUCAUCAACCAAAUGGUUUAGCAGCUCAUAUGUCGUUUACGUCUUCAGGAUUCUCUGAUUGGAAAAACGCUCUUCGUGCGCUUGCUCAACACAACAGCAGCAGAUUCCAUUCCGAAUGUUUAUAUAUAUCUCAACAACAAUCAAGACCAUCUGUCAUAGCACGAAUUGAUACAGCAUCAAGACAACAGCAAGAGCAAAGGCGGCAAUUGCUAAUGGCUGAAGCUUCGUCUUUACAAUAUCUUUUACGACAAGGUAUACCCUUUCGCGGGCACACCGAGGUGGAGGGAAAUCUCAUUCAAUUAAUGCGGUUAAGAAGUGCCGAUAUUCCAGGUCUUCAUCAAUGGUUAGAUAAUAAAAGAUAUUUGUCGCACGAUAUUAUCAACGAGUUGGCCAAAGAAAUGGCACUGAUUAUUUUAAGAAGUAUAUGUGUUGAGAUAUCUGAGAGACCAUUUUUUUCUCUCAUUUGUGAUGAAUCAACUGAUGAGUCGGCUAAAACACAACUGAGUAUUUCAAUUCGAUCGGUAGAUGCGUGCUUUGGUAUACAUGAAGAUUGCCUCGGUCUUUAUGAACUAGAAUCUCAAAAUGCUGAGCAUAUCACCACAGUUAUUCUCGAUGUUCUUCUUCGCUGCAGUUUGAGUCUCGAUGCUUGUCGUGGACAAGGGUAUGAUGGGGCUGCAACAAUGAGUGGCAUACAUGAUGGUGUAGCAGCUAAUAUACUUCGAAAACAAAAGAAAGCAUUUUUUGUGCACUGUAACGCACAUAGUCUUGAUUUGGCUUUACAAGAUCUGUCAAAGGAGUCAAUUGCAAUUAAUACAGCAAUCAAUGUUACAAAGGACAUAGUGAAUUUUGUUCGAAGAUCACCAAAGCGUUUAAAUAUUGCUGAGAAACUCUCUUAUGAUUUAUCUAUUAAAUCCUCUCAACUUAAGCCUUUGUGUCCGACUCGUUGGACUGUUCGAGCAUCAUCGAUGAACUCACUACUAACUAAUUAUCAGCUUGUCAAAUCUGUGAUGCAAGAAGUAGUUGAUCAAAAAGGUACAUCGGGUGUUGCAGCUGCUGGUUGGUUAAAUCAAAUGGAAAAUUUUCAAACAUUUUUUGGUCUUAAAUUAGGUCAUCUCAUUUUCGUGGCUACUGAAGAACUUUCUUGCUCGUUACAACGUGUAGAAAAUAGUUUACACGAUGUACUCUGUGCUGUUAAUGUGCUGAUUAACUAUUUUACCAGAAUAAGAUCAGACGAGUAUUUCGAAAAUUUCUACUCAAAAUUGGUGGCUGAAGCAGAAUACUUGACGGAUGAACCACGAAUGCCACGCAAUCGUCGACCACCUUCUCGAUUUAUUACUGAUGCUACACAAAUACCUAGAAUACCGUCAACCUGCACUGAAUUAUACAAAAAUCAGUAUCAAAAUGUGAUUGAUGGAGUACUCAAAGCAUUGAACAAUCGGUUUAAGCAAUCCAUUUUUCCUUUAUUAUGUGAAGUUCAAGAGUUUUUAAUCACGGUUGCAAAUGGUUCUGAAUCAGAUAUUAUUGAUAAACUUUGUGCUGAAAUACAAGAGUUUGUAGUGGGUGAUAUUGAUUGUGACAGAUUAAAACAAGAGUGUGCAAUGAUUCCUGAGUAUUUUCAAACAGUUAUUCGCGACAAACAACUGGGAAUAAAAAAAAUCACGAAAAUAUCGACAAUUAUCGAUGUAUUGAACAUACAACCAAUUGGGAAAACAAUAUUCCAUCAAUUUAAUCGUCUUCUGCGACUUUAUCUGACCAUGCCGGUGACAACAGCUACUGCAGAACGAUCUUUCUCAGUGAUGAACCGAUUGAAAACAUGUUUGCGAUCAACUAUGACGCAAAUUCGUUUAAAUAGUGUCAUUAUGACACAUAUAUACAAAGAAAAGACAGAUUCUAUUGAUCUGAAAAGUCUCUGUUCAAUUUUUGCAUCGCAGAACGAACAGAGAAAGUUAUUUUUUGGUUCGUUUUAAUUUUGUUUUAUUUUCAUGAUGACCGUUGUAGUUUUUACUGAGGUUUAAUAAAAAGAAGACUUAUAUUUGCUUCAUGUUUUAAUAAAAGUUCAUAGUAGAGAAAAAAUAUUGUGAGCCUCACUUAGAUUAAUGACGCUCCGCCGCCCCUGAUGGAUGUUGACGUUUAAAGAGAAAGAAUAGAAAGGACAGAAACGAA